AUGACUGGCAUCAAACGAAAUGCCGAACUACUUCGAAAAGCUGUCGAAGCCGGUGUUAAUCCAUCCACUGUCAAUCUCGAAGAUGGUGCAAUCGUCAGGAAAGGUAUCAUCUGUUCGGUUUGGAGGAAUUGUACAGCCUCUGCACUUUACAACAGAUUUAGGCGUCUGGAGUCAGAUGCCAAAUUAAUCAACGCUGCCGUUGACAGAGGAGAAGAUCCCAUCUUUGUGAAUGUGGGCGAUACCAAUGGCAAUUUUGCCUGCAAGGGAAAGGGUGCGAUUUCUGAGCUCAUGGGAUCGGCAACUCCAGCUAGUCAUAUCCAAUCUCAGCACCGGGAAACUAUUAAGCUACUUAGCGAGCGUUUGAUUGCCAUGCGUGAUGCUGGUGAGGAUUGCAAGGAUGUCGAUUUGACAGACUUGGGUUCUCGCAGAUACAAGGCUGUGGUUGCUGCAAAAAUGGGAUCAGAUGUCACACCCAAUGGAAUUAAAGCACAAUUUUCUCGAAGCUUUAAAGUUUUGGCUGCUCGUCAGAAUGCUUUAUUAGAUGCUGACAAAGACCCCAAGGAUGCUAGUUUGGAUAACUUGGGUAGUCAACAAAAGCUUGGUGAGGUUGCCAAGUAUAUGGGCUCUGAUGUCACUGCUCUAGCUGUCAAGAUGUGGUAUAAUACCAAAGUUAGAGCUCUUUCACGUCGUCAAAUCGCUAUGGUUGACGCCGGUGAAGAUCCUUUGGAUGCCUUAAACAGCUUGAAAGGUGAAACUGCUAGAAUCAUGGGAUCAGACACCACUGCUUCAUCUCUCAAACAUCAUUUUCAACGCACAGUCAAGCUUCUUGGCCGUCGUCAGAUGUCGAUGCUUGCAGAGGGUAAUGAUUCUAAGGAUGUCAGCCUUGACAAGCUAGGCUUAACUGAAUCCAAAGGUGAGAUUGCUGCAAUAAUGGGAUCAGAUGUUUCCACUGAAGCCAUUAAACAACAAAUUGGCAAGCGUAUUAAGGUCAUUGGCAGUCGUCAAACCAAAAUGCGUGCAGCUGGUCAAGAUCCUAAGAAUGUCGACUUGGAAGAUUUAAUGUCUUCCAAGAAAGACAAAGGUGAAAUGGACAAACUUGUGGGAGAUUUUACUGUUGGCGGUAUUCGAUUCCAAUUCGAUACCCGCUACAAAGUUAUUGGUGAAGGUCAAAAAGCCAUGCUGGCUGCUGGUCAAAAUCCAUCCGUCGUUGAUAUUGUCACUAGUGGCAAGACUGCUUAG